AUGUCAGCCAUUAACAGUAGCGAGUGGUGGAAGAUCAGGAAGGGUGAGAUGUGGGGCAAUUUGGGGAAACUGUGGACCAGCCAAGCCAUUCUGGACGCCAAGAUGUACGGAUCUGACCACUACACUUCUUCUUCCUACCGGAAGAUUUUCGGGGACUCCCCUCGUUUUUCUGCCUCUCCCUCUAGGAGCAGCGCCUACUCCUUAAGGAAUUCUUUCUCUUCCAGCGGCUAUAGGUCCCAGUCCCUCUCCCGUCUCGGCUCUUCCCUUGGCUCUUACAGGAAAUCGGCGCGGUCCUCAUUCUCGCCGGUGCCAAGCGAAUCCCUCGAUUUGACCCAGACCUCAGUCAUCAACAAUGAGUUCAAAGUCAUCCGUACCAAUGAAAAGGAACAGCUGCAGGGGCUCAAUGACCGCUUCGCUAUGUUCAUCGAGAAGGUGCGCAAUCUUGAGCAGCAGAAUAAGGUGCUGGAGACCGAGCUGGUGACCCUGCGCCAGAGGCAGACGGAGCCGUCACGCCUCGCCGACGUGUACCAGCAGGAGCUCCGCGAUCUCCGCUCUCAGCUGGAGGAGCUCAAUGGCGAGAAGUCCCAGAUACUCAUAGAACGGGACAAUAUCGAGGACGACCUGCAGAAACUCCGAGCCAAGUACGAGGACGAGAUGAGGGCUCGCGAAGAAGCCGAGCAAACCCUGAAGGCAUACAAGAAGGACGUGGACGAUGCCACUAUAGUUCGAAUGGACCUGGAGAAGAAAGUGGAGUCUCUCCUGGAUGAGAUAAAUUUCUUGAGAAAAGUGCACGACGAAGAGGUGACGGAGCUGAUGAGCAUGAUCCAGGCAACCCAGGUGUCGGUGGAGAUGGAGGUAGCCAAACCGGAUCUCACCUCAGCCCUGAAGGAGAUCCGUGGCCAGUACGAGUCCCUGGCGUCCAAAAACCUGCAGUCCGCGGAAGAGUGGUACAAGUCCAAGUUUGACAGCCUGAACGAGCAGGCCAAUAGAACCAACGAGACGAUGCGUGCGAACAGGGAGGAAAUCAACGAAUUUAGGAGGCAACUCCAGGCCAGGACCAUUGAGAUCGAGAGCCUCCGGGGAACCAACGAGUCCCUGGAGAGACAGCUCCGAGAGAUGGAGGACAGGCACAAUUCAGAGGUCAUUGGGUUCCAGGACACGAUUGCGCAGCUGGAUAACGAGCUGAGGACCACCAAGAGCGAGAUGGCACGUCAUCUGCGAGAGUACCAGGAUCUUCUGAAUGUCAAGAUGGCUUUGGACAUCGAAAUUGCAGCCUAUAGGAAACUGCUGGAGGGGGAGGAGACUCGAUUCAGCACCGGGAUCACUUUCCCCAGCUCCAACAUCAGCUCCGGCCCCGGGCUCAGCUAUGGAUACCAGACCCGGGUUUACACCAGUUCCUCCAAGGGCAGCAAGAAGGAGGAGAAGGAGGAGGAGCCCAAGGGCAAGCCGUCCAAGGCGGGCAACCAGCGCGACUCCGGCGACGACUCCAAGAAGAUGGAGAAGAAUGAGUCGUCAGAUGCCUACUCCACCAAUCAGAAAAACUAAAACCCCUCACACACCCUUAAGAGUGUUCUGAGAGCAAUCUGCGACCCUACAGUCACACUCUCCGUAUACAGCUACAAUACUCCGUCUCACAUAGCAAUCUCUUGGAAAACGCACCUCUAAAAUAUCCUUUAACACCCUAAUUCCUUACAGCAGGACCGCGUACACUUUGAGGAUGUCACAAUGUGAACCAGUUUACACACGGCUGUCAAAUACACGGACGUAUUUCAAUUCAAAGCGCACUGCCACAGGCUACAAAUGGCUCUUCACACAUUCCAGACGGUGUGUAUGUGUGUGUGCGUGUGUGUGUGUGUGUGUGCACGCAUGUGGUGCAUGUGGUCAGUACAGUACAUAUCAGAUCUACAGUUUCUAUCAGCAUUUUUAGGUCCACAAAUACAGAACCAAAGAAAGAAAACAGUUGUCCUUUUCACAGACUAAGACAUGAGCAAGUUUAAGUAAACAAUUUAUAUAACACAAAAGUAUCUCAAACCAAGCUCUAAACCAUAAUUGUAAGCACUGUUAAGCCAUGUUGCUAAUUAUUACUUCAACAUUCAUGUUUUAAAAUAACACACAGGAUCACACAAGUACAUUCCUUUAGAAUGCUUUCGAGAGCUUGUUCAAACUGGUCUUGUCACUGGGUAUAGCUCCUGUCUGUUGAUACCAUACGUGAGUCAGUCAGCUUUGCAUCUCCAAGUUUGCGGUGUGUAAAGCAUCCACUUCUCAGAUAGAAUUCCUCAUUAAUAUUAAGAAAAACAGCAUUCUCUGAUUCCCAAAAGUAUAGCUUCAGAAGCAGUAUUGGUCUUCAGGAUUGCUCUAGAUAUAACUCUAUGUCCCCUCUCAUGAAAAAGGCAAAAAUUAAAUAUAACCACCUGUAAGCUGCAUGACGUAUAUUGAUUUCAUGUUUGCAUGGUGACUGUAUGCCAGCCAUCAGCUGUUCCCACAUGACCAUAGGUUUCCUCAAUGUCUCAUUUAUUCUGCUGCUAUUGUUAUUACUCAUUUCAAGGCUUAACGCUGGUGUUAGAAGAGGGAAAAGGUGCAGGAGAUUAUAGUAACUAAUGACAUUUUUGUAGCUUUGAUGUCUAUCACAUUGUCACUACAUUUAACAACAGUGGUGAGUGUUUAAGUGUUCAUGAAAGUUCUUCAUUGCGGGCGCUUGUGUGUUAAGGUAAUCUCAUUAGCACUGACUCAUGGAUGCUAAGCAAAAAAGCAAAAAAGAAAAAAAAAACAUUAGAGGCAAAAAAGCCUUGUGAAAACUUCAAUGACAUUGGCUUUCAGUUCAUUUCGUUUUAUGCUUUCAGACGAAGAAUUAUAUUUAGCACGAACGCAUGCACUGGCGAGCUGAAAGUUUUGAAUUUAAUCAAAGUAGUUAUGGAAGGGUUUCUAGAAUUGUCUGCGUACUGGCAUUCUAAAUAUAUUUUCAUUGAUGCCUCAAGCACAUGUUAAUGACUGGCCUCUGUAUUAAAAAACCAAGCCUUAGUCACUAGAAAGCUAAGCUAAGCAACCUUAUGUGUCUCACCUUGCCCAGUUUCAACAGCAGCUCUGACAGAAGCUCAAAGCAAUGGCCUGUUCAGGAACGGUUCCAUGUUGGAGAAACGGUCAGUUCAGCUGACGAAUGCACAAGAUCUUAUGGCAGGGUACUAGGCUUUUAAGAGACAAACAGGGGCAGUUUUAGUGUGGGCUAAUUGGAGGUUGUGUAUUUGGAUGGCAUCUAUUUUAACCAUUCAUCAGAUAAGACUUCAGCGUGAUAAUGAUGAUGUUUCAUUAUGCUGGUCAAUAGUGCACUGAUAUAUGCUGUUAAAUCACUAUGAAUUGUUGGUCUUUGGUCACCCCAAAGGUGAUAAUGAACUGUGCUGGGGUCACCAGCAGUAGCAGCACUGAGGCUAAUGCCAAGCCGAACAAUGCAUGUAUUCUGUGUAUGAAUUAGAUAUCUAUUGCUCCUUUACUCUCCAGGUUAAAAUAUUGAGCCGUUUAGCCAGGGUUAACACCGCAGACCCUACUUGAUUCUAUGUCUACGCGUGACACAAUCGGCAUGCUCCAUGACCGCUGUGAUUUAGCGAAAUCUAAAACAGAAACAUCAUUCUCUGGGAGCUCACCAGAGGAGUCUAGGGUUGAGGUGUAGACUUGACUGUGCACCUGCACACCAUAGUUGCAUGUGCAUAUCAUCCAGUAUGCACAGCCUGUGAGUCUGCAGGGUGUGCGUGUUGUGGAGGGAGGUUGAGGGAGACCUCUGGUUGCCCUUGAUAGUUCUGUCAUUCUGUAUUUGACCUGGCUCACCCUACAAUGUGCAAUGCUGCUAACGCUAAAGACAGCAGUCAGACAGCCAUCGUCUGCCUGGCCGUGUGAGAGGGUGACUGGCAGUGUGGCCAGUGUGUCUGGGUAACGUGUUCAUUAUGCCCAGUGAUGGGAAAGGAUGAUUGGUGGCUGACAGCGUUGCAUCAGCCCUCCUGAAAAACCGCUCUGAUGCCACGGCCAAAGCUUUUUGUAAAACUUGUGUUAAGAGCUGUCAUCAAAAGGUUUCUUAAAAAAAAAAAACACACGUCACCAAAAAUGAAUUAAACAAAACAAAAAAAAAGACUGAAUGUUGUAGUUUGUCAAAAUGCCUUAAUACCACCAGCAGCUUUCUGACUCGGGCAGCCUGUGUGCUUAGUUAACGGCACUGUUCUUUCUCCUCUUUAGAAUUAAGCCUGAUGUGAAACAUAGAUGAACACAUGAACUAUCUUCUUCCUCUAUUCUUUCUGAUGUAUGGCACAUAUCAAUAAAGA